AUGCAUGAUGCGAAGUUGACGAUCGCGAUGCUGAUACAUGCAAGCGCUCUGUCGUUGUCUUCUCCCUUCCUCCUCAAGAGCUGCCGAGACAACUGCACACGGGAGGAGAUCGGGAUCUACAGGUUUGGAUGGGAAGGGUUGAAAGAAGUCAGAGGGCACAACGCAACCUUGGAUGUGAUGACGGACAUGUUAUGCAGCUCAUGCGAGUAUCGCAUGCAGGGAGUCGUUAUGGAUGACGAGGCAACGCCUGCUGUCAAGAUUCGUUUCCCUCCAAAUUUUUAUACGUUCAACGAGUCAGAGACAAAGAGGAUCGUAUUUCACUCGUCCUCUGCUCCUUCCCCUGCCAUCUCAUGGCAGUCUCCAAGAGCGUCCUGGCUGUUCUGGCAGAUUGUGGUAGAGAUAGAUUCGAUAGAGGUAGCGCGAUGGGGAGCCGAUUGGUAUGCGGGGCCAGAUGGAGAAUUGGACAUGACGGUCACAUUUGAAGACAGCAUGUUCAAUCGUGACAUCUCAAGUCCUGUAACAUCAAGCAUUUGCUUCGAGGACUUCGUGGUGUUCUAUGCCUGGACGAGGGAGAUGGAGGAGGGAGACGAGGACCAGGACCAGGACCAGGACCAGGACCAGGACCAGGACCAGGACAAGGACAAGGACAAGGACAAGGACGAGGACAAGGACAAGGACAAGGACAAGGACGAGGACGAGGACGAGGACGAGGACGAGGACGAGGACGAAGACGAGGACGAGGACGAGGACGAGGACGAGGACGAGGACGAGGACGAGGACGAGGACGAGGACGAGGACGGCAUGGGAGAAGGAGGGAUGGGAAUGUUGUCGAACGAUGAGAGUAAACACGACAUGCGAACAAGUACACGUGAGAUCGACAAGUACACUUGAGAUCGACAAGUACACGUGAGAUCGACAAGUACACGUGAGAUCGACAAGUACACGUGAGAUCGACAAGUACACGUGAGAUCGACAAGUACACGUGAGAUCGACAAGUACACGUGAGAUCGACGAUGCGACUUGCCCGGCAGUUAAGAAG